AUGUCACAAGAUGAAGCCGAUAGCGAGAAGCAAGGCAUCUCUGAGAAGCGAUGCGAAAUGUGUCUUUCCUACAAGGCGAGGUACCGCUGUCCGCAGUGCAACUGUUCUACCUGUUCUUUGCCAUGCUGUCGAGAACAUAAAAGAAAAUAUGGGUGUGAAGGAAUGAGCUCGCGCACCCGAUAUGUACCUUUGGAUACGUACGACAGUUCGGUGUUGUUGUCAGUGACCAGUGAAUAUUUCAGUGCCGAUACGAUAUUUUGGAGAAUCGAAUGGGUUUUUUAUAGUGCCAGUGGAUACACUGUAUAUUCAGAUAGGAUUCCCGGUAGCGUCAGUAUCGCUACUUUGCUCAGAAAGCUUCUAAGUGGUCACCUCAACGACGACGUAUUAGAGAAUCGUGAGCAUUUGGUGGAAUAUAUCUCAGCCCCUAAAUCAGACAUCCACUGCGUCAUCAAAGUGGAAGAAAACUACUGGACAAACGACCUCAGGUACCAUCUUUUAAACACCGCUCUUUCUUUGGAUGAAAAUCUCAAAAACAAGAUUAUUGUUGAGUUUCCUACCAUUUACGUCAUCCUGACGAAAGAUCUGGCGCGGUUUCCUUUGUUGACUGAAGAAGGAAAGCUUCAAGUUUUGCAGUCGCGAAUUUGGGAACGAUCACCGCAAGAACGAAGUGUGGAGGAGGUGUUCUCGGUGAUGCAUGACAUUUGGCGGAAAUGGAUGCAGUCUUCGCAACCGAAACUAGAUGAACUAGAAGAGGGCGAAAUCGUUGAUGACUGUAAGCCGAUCAACGACAUCCCUCUGAAGCGAAUGCUUCCCCUUUCAUACCGGCAGAAACAACGGCUUCGCGUCAAGUCCGGCAUAAAAAUGAAAUUGUCGAAGAGGUUGGAAAAGAGGCAAAUGAUCGAACAGCUUUCCACAGAAUUGGUCAAAAGGGAAAGGCAGCAGAAACUUGCCCAAUGCGUUGCUGAGCCGAAGACCAACGAGCGAUCCCAUAGCUCGAGGAGUCAGUCGGAAGCUGCCGUUGAUAUUGCUAAUCCUGCAACGCAUAGCCCUUUACCACGGAACAGCGCGCUAUCGAAAGACUAUUUCGGAUUAGCCGGUGACAUAUCAUUGUCAAGCGACAGUGAUUCUGAUUAG